AUGUUGGACAGAGCUAUUGCUUUCCUUUUCCUCCACUUUGUCAUGUGUUCCCGUUCUUCUCCUCUCUAUCCACCACUCAGAUAUAAUCCAAUAUCCAUUUCUGGCAAAGCAGGGAGCUUUCAACUACAAGAAAUUAGUCCUGUACAUAGCCACAAUUUUUCAGUAGAAGAACAUGUAGAGAACUUUCUCAGCCCCGUUGACAAAAGACUCCAGCGUCAUGCAGAUGCCAUAUUCACUGACAGUUACCGGAAGGUCCGAGGAAAGGUAUCAGCACGGAAAUUAUUACAGGGCAUAAUUGGGAAAAGAUUUAAGUAAGUGAAAGAAAGCCUGGGAGAUGAGCUACAUGAAAUCUUGACUAGGCGCCAGUCUGAUAGCAUUAUGAUGGAUAGUCACUAUUAUCAAGAGAUGGUACUUAGGAAUUUCUUGGGAGCAAUGUUACAGAAUCAAGGGUAAGUAGUUUUAUAAAUACAUAACAAUCACAUUCUGUAACAUACAGUACAUUUUGAAUGUGCAACUGCUACUUUUGUGACUUGUAUGUAUAGUAAUGACUGCAACAAAAACACACUCUAAUGAGUUGUAAUUUGUACACAUCUCUGUUCAGUGUACUUCAGCGCACAUUCAAAAGUUUACUCUGUAUAUUAACCUUGAGUAAACUUGCAUAUAUUAAAGUGAUUAGUCAAUUAAAUUCUGCUUGUGUUUGAACUGCUUCUAAGUGGUUUUUGACAUGGAAAAACAAUUUGCAUAAACUCAUGGCGUCACAAGUUAAUGGAAAACAUCUCUAUCUAGACAACCUAGUCAGAUGGCUUAAGUUCAAAACAUUUAGAAGAAACUGACUGAAUACUCAUUACUGUUCAAGAAAGAACAAAUAAACAACAGGUUUUUUUUUAUCUUGAUCAAAAUAAGUGCUUUCUUUUUGUUGCUGGAGCCAAGUACCUUAUCUUGGAAGCAACUGUGUCCCAAUGAAAGCAGCCACACUGUUGUCACACUAAGAUCUCUUCUUUUCUUUCCCAGACUUCAGUAUGUUGAUAAUGACAAUUUAGAAGAUUUUACCAGUGUUCUGAUCAAAGUGAUGGAACUGUAGACCGACUUCAUCCCUUCCCUUUCUCAUUUUGGUCACUGUUCUCAGGAUUGGCAUAAACUGCAGGAAUUUGUGUGUGUGUGUGUGUGUGUGUGUGUGUAAGGCUUCUAAAGCUGUGGAAAGAAAUGAACAGGACACCUAACUGAUAACCAAUAUUACUGAAAUCUCCUUCUAUAAACAUAGGACAAAAAUUGAAAGCAAAUGUUUAUAUGUGGAAUUGUUUCCUGUAUUAAUUCAUGCCAGAUAAGAAUGCUUAUUGUAUAGUAGCCUCAUUUCAGUUUGAAAAAUAAACGGCCGCUGUAGCAAAAUGCUAUAUCCAAAUUAUUUUAUUCUACUAAGACUCCAUAAUGAACAAUGCCAUUGAGUUGUCUGACAUAAUGAAAACAUGGGGAUUGUACUGUGAGUUUAAACUGAGAAGUGCUGAAUGGAAAGCAUUCAUUGACUUCUGGUUUCAGCACCAUGGAGAGUUUUUGAUUGCUAUGCAGUCUUGAUAGUGUGUAAAGAAUUUGUCAGAGGUUUUCUGAUUCUUCAAAGUGUAUUUUAACUGCUUUUUAUCAUCCAAAAUUUUCUUGCAUUUUCACACA